AUUUAUUUCCUUCAAUGCAAAUUGACGAGUAGUGAAACAUACCGUGUCCAGCAGACUCCGUUGUUGUGUUCUUUAUAGCUGCCGAUUUUUUCAUCGUAUCGAUCAGCAAAUAUAAUAUCAAUAAUAACAGUGGCUCGAUCACUACCUCAUCAAAGAGGAUUGUUUGUGGAUUUCAAACACGAAGCUUAUAAUCGAUCGGAAUCGCAGCAGUCUACGUCUAAAAAAUAGAUGAAGUCUACCGAUGUCUUCAAAUACCUGAGAAUUUGUACGAAUUAAAAAUGUUCGUCCUCUUAGGCGAUAUUAAUUUUUGGAGUUUGAGUGAAGAUAUUAACAUCAAGGACACAGAUUUUGGAGCGUUCAAAUACCAUGAAAAACGUAUUGACGGAUUAUAUGAAGAAGGGAAAAGAUCAUAUUGUCAAAAGCGAGGCAUGGUCUCCAUACUCCAGAACAAAAAAGGCAACAAACUCAAAGAUGGUAUCAAGUAUUUGGAGGAUCAAUUGCGUGACCAUACGACUGUUUACUGUCAAUGGCAUGACGAAAGCACUGUUGAAUUAAUGCUCAACACAGGUUUACUCAUUUACAUUCAAAUCAACCUUCUCACAGCAGACAUACAAAAAAUUAUGUUCGACAAAUACUUAGUGGGGAAAAUUUCUGACCACGUUUCUGAUGUAACCAUGACAAAAAAUCACUUAGUUUUCACUCACAACGAUAGCCAGGUCACUGUCGUACAUUUUACAAAGUCUAAAAGAUCAAUUUUCGACAAAAUUAGUAAAUUGGAACCUCGUUUGUCCAUUGUUGAACUUUCCAUUCCAAGCGGACGUCGACAAGAUAAGAAAAUAUGUAUCAACAGGAGCGGAGAUUUAAUUUUAGUAUGGUGGAAAUCAUCUAUGAAUGAGGUUUAUCCGUGGAGUCCAGCAGUUAAAGACCAUGAUCGAGCGAAUGUACAUCUUUAUCGUUUGACCGGUACGAAGUUCGAACUGAUUUGUCAUCUUCGAACCGAAUUCGAUCCACUCUGCAUUACCUUCAAUGGUCGACAUGAGAAUGUUAUUCAUUCGGUGGAACAAAAAGUUUCGCGGAAAGGCGAAGUAACGAUCGAAUGGCAAACCUACGAAGUUUCGCAGCAGGACAAAUUGCAAAGGAUAGAAGUCAUUUCUGUCCCUCUGCCUACACACACGAGCUGUGCAAUUUUUUCACCGAAUCAAGACAUGCUAUUGUUGUGUUGCAUUGAUGGCUCCAUAACUUUACACGAUCAUAACAAAGGCACGAGCAACAGUGUGAAAGCUCCAUUCAUUCCAACUUUGGCUUCGUGGCACAGCGACGGUUUUGUUUUUACCAUCGGCAAUGAUCGAGGCCAAUUUCAACAUUACGAUAUUUCCCUCGCAACCAUCAAGAGCCAGAUGCUUAACGACGAUUCUACUCCAGCAAUAAUAUUCGAUCUAUCCACGUAUUUCAGGAGCCAGCCUGCGUUGAUGCGAAUGAUUUGGAACAAGAAAUCUGAUUCGGGCACUUACAGUAAUCAUUACAACAACGGGAAUGCAUUAUUUUUACUUCUUUUUGAACGGGGUCCUUUGGGCGUCAUAAGAAUAAUUGAAGGCAACAAUUUAUCGGGCGAUGUAUUGAUAUGCAGAAAUUUGAAUGAUCAACACGUUGACCGUGCUACAUCGCUAUUAUUAUCGAUGAAUUGGGAUACACAUCCACGAGCCUGUAUGCAUUCUCUCAAUCAAAUAUUGAACUAUUUGUUUAAACUAAAAUUGACCCCGGAACGAGAAAGUUUCAUACAGAAUGCAUUGGGAAGUUUUCACGUGCCUAUUCGACCGAUAAGCCAAGCAGUCGAAGACGAGUAUGGGGAUGAAAUCAGGGAUUUGACUAGAAGAUUUUUUCAUCAUCUCAUAAGAUAUCGACUGUUCGAAAAAGCCUUCAGAUUGGCCAUAGACCUGAGCGACCAUGAUCUUUUUAUGGAUAUUCAUUUUUAUGCUCUCGUGAUGAAGGACAUGGAAAUGGCAACAGCCGCCAAAGAGAAGGCACAAAAUGUUCUAAGUCGAUCAAAUAGUUGCAGUAGUUCCCAUUCCACAUGUUCCCGAGCAUCCUGUUCGCUGUGCUCGGAUUCGAUAAGUGACAAAGAAACAGAAUCUUACAGCGGGGAGAGCGAGAGUGAGGAUUCACCGAAAAGAAUUAAGUCGAAAUUCCAUCCAGGGCCAAAACACUCGUCAAGGAUUUCCUUCAACAAAAUUCCAUCUUUGCCAAUGAUUAAUCCAUCUUCCCUGAAAAACAGUGGUAUCAUGUCAACGUCGUUCAACGACAUUUCCCCCUCAAAAACUGAGAGCUUAAUGUCCACAGCAUUUAACAUCCCAACGGGGAGUGUGGCUGAUUCGAUGAUGAAUCCUUCCCCGUUGUCACUGCCAAAACCACUCUGUUCAAAUUUUACUCGACGUCAACCUUACCGACUUAACAGCAGUGCAAUGAACUCUUCACUGGGAAAAAAUUCACAGUCGUACGACAAUUUAAAUGAUGAUUUGCUGUCCUCGACUUUUGGCAAUCUUCGUAUUUUGGGACUGGGACAACACGAUCGUUCGUACGCCAAAUCCACAGGCAAUGUUUCUCAAAGUCCGAAAAUCGAGGAUAAUCUGUUGGACGGAACCAUAGCCCAGGAUUUAAUAUCAACCAGAUUCGAUUCUAUAGAACCCAAUUUAGUGAUUCCCGAAGUUUCUCGUACGUCUUCAACCUCGAUACUCGACAAAAUUGAUUCCAACGUUAUGUCGACGUCUUUUAGUAAUUUGUCUCUAAACGCAAUUUGUGAGAAUAGCGCAACCUCCUUAUUUCGCAAUGGUAACAUUGCUCAUCAAUUGUCCACCGAAAUCCCUCACGUUUCCUUCCACAAUUCAUUGGGUACCAGUAAACCGUCUUACACUACGGGAAAAAUGAAUAAACUUUCGUUUUUCAAUUCCUCCAAUAAUUUUAUGUCCACCUCCUUCAAUGACCCUGACGAUCUCGGCCUUCAAUCUUUAGACGCGAAAAACGAUUUACGAAAUUAUCAAAUCUCUAGUUCCAACACUUCGGUACACAAGGAUUUAGACCUCGAGUCUAUUCCUCCACCCCCAACAAUGACCACUUCACUCGCUAAUUAUCUCAAUAACUUGCCGAAAAAAACGUCUACUCUCGUGCGAAAUCCCACCGGAAUGCCAGACAUAAAUGAGACCACCGUUAAGUUUCCUGUUUCACGACCAAAUCCACAUUCUCAAAUGCUCCAAAGACAAUCUUCGGUCGCUAGUAUUUUACAGAGCCAACAUAGGAACAAUAAUUUACAACCAAUCAGAAACUACCGAUUGAAUUACGAUCUCGACUACGUUCCUUUUUAUGAAAGCUCAGAAAAGCUUGAUUACCAGUCUCCGGUCAAUUGCGACGUCGCAAACCUUCCCACCAUUACCAAUUUUUCCACGCCUUAUCACUCUCCGGUGAAAAUAAAUGACACCAAAUCUUCUAGAAUACCACAGAAUCCUAGCAGAGACAAAAAAAAUCCUAUUACUCUUACUACACUCCCGAUACAGUCUGCUUCCAACUCGAAAACUAAUGUCUCCCAAAAUUCUAUGGACUCACUCGUCUCAAGCGAAAAACCUAAAGUCAAGUUUUCCAAUACUGUGACUCAUAUUCUCGUGCCUGGAACGGGCCAGGCGUAUCGACCUAUUCAAAAACGUUCGGUGACUCAAUUGCAUCCAAUGGAUCCAAAGAGAGAAUUAGCUGAAAGUUUACCAUUGUGUCUUGGAAACGAGGAUUACUUGAAAGAUUUUCAGCCAUUGUCAAGAGAUGAGGAGUUGGAACGAUCAAAAGAAUCAUCGAGAACAGAGGAAGCGGCAAAGAUCAAAGUCGUCCACUUUGGGUUAUUGUAAAAUAAAAAAAGCGAAUCUCAAUUAUUAAUAUAAAGUUAAGUCUAAUUAUAGUUGUACAUAGAUAUAUUACAAUUGUUCUACUUGCUCAACCAGCAAUCAAAAAUGAUAUUUUAGUGAUUUUUUUUACACACACAUACCAAUAUUUUAUAUGAGACACAAUGGAAAAAAAAGAAAUGGAUGAAACUGUUACAUCACUGAA